AUGUCACUAAAAGAAAGCUUAGAAAGAUUUAAGAAGCAGCAAGAGAAGUGCCAGACAACCCUUUCCAGCAUUGCCUCUACCAAGGCCGCGGCAGCUCCGAGACCCGCUCCUGCAGCAGCUAGGGCUCCUCCUCCAGCUGUCAAAUUUUCAAAUGAUACAGAGAGACUCCAACACAUUAAUAGCAUCCGGAAAGGCCCUGUUGGAGCUCAGAUCAAGCGUGUUAUAGACCUGCUGUUGGAGACAAGGCAAGCCUUUACGCCAGAGCAAAUUAAUGAAGCAUGUUAUGUUGAUGCGAAUGCUAACAAAGCUGUCUUUGACAGUCUGAGGAAUAACCCAAAAGUUUAUUAUGAUGGGAGGCGCUUCUCUUAUAAGUCCAAGCAUAAUGUGACGGAUAAAAACCAGCUUCGUUCUUUAAUACGGAAAUAUCCAGAGGGCAUAGCUGUCAUUGAUCUCAAGGAUGCAUACCCGAAUGUGAUGGACGAUUUGCAGGCUUUGAAAGCUGCAGGUGACAUCUGGCUGCUUUCAAACUUUGAUUCACAAGAGGACAUAGCAUAUCCAAAUGACCCCAGGUUGCCUGCGAUGAAUGUUGAUGAUGAGCUUAAGGUGCUCUUUAGGUCGAUUGAAUUACCUCGUGAUAUGAUUGACAUUGAGAAAGAACUCCAGAAGAAUGGGAUGAAGCCAGCCACGGAUACUGCAAAGAGGAGGGCCCUGGCACAGAGUCAAGGCAUUCCUAACAAAGCCAAACCCAAGAAGAAGAAGCACGAGAUCAGCAAGAGGACAAAGCUUACAAACGCCCAUCUUCCGGAGCUAUUUUCCAGACCCUAA